AUGGUUAGAGGGAUUGUAUUUGGAGAGGGAACAGUGGGUGCCAGCUUAUUUGAACGAUGUGUUUUGGGCGGGGAUGUCAUCCACACAAAGAAGCGAGGUAUAAAUGUGUAUUUUGAUGGUUACAUUCAUUCAAAGACAACCCUGAAACAAUUUGUAGGACAAUAUGAAAAUGCAUUAUCGAAUAAGGUGGAAAGUGAAAAUCAAGAAGAUUCAAAAAGUUGGCACACUUACAUCCCGUUAAUAACUGAAGAUGAGUUGGAGAAGCAAUUCCAAAGUGUUUACACGAAUGCAAAGGUUAAACAGUUUCAGAAACAAUUUUAUGGAAAACUUCACUGUUUUUGUGUGAAGCCGGCAACAGUUGGUGAUAUUGUGUCUGAACAUGAGAUAAAUGAGUGGGUCAAUAAUGGAGAAGGAGAAGAGAAAAGGAGAAUUCAAGUGCCAUUUACUGUCAAUUUUAAUGCUGAAACCAAUGAAGCACAUUGUAAUUGUCGAUUGUUCGAGUCUAGUGGGAUGGUGUAUAAACAUCAACUGUAUGUGUGGCAUCAAAGGGGAAUUGAAAGAGUUCCUGACAAGUAUGUGUUGAGAAGAUGGUGCAAAAAUGUGAAAAGGGUCCACACUAAAGUUCCGAUCUGUUACGAUAAGUCGUCAACAUCAAUUGAAGUGCGUCGACAUGACAACAUGUGCAAUCUCUUUAAUGAAGUUGCUGAUUUAGCGGAAGAAUCUGAAGAGAAGUAUGAUAUGGUGAUGAAAUGGGUACACGAGCUAAAACGAGAGUUGAUGGAAGCUUCAGUUGUUUGUGAAAGUAACGUGGUUUCACUUGGUGAUGACACAAGUACUCGUAAUGUUUCUUUUUCAGUUGGAGAUGGGGUUAUACCACCCAAACAGAGUACGAACAUACUUGACCCGGAAGGUCUUCGACGAAAAGGUAGACCACCAUGCAAAAGGAAGAUCGGUGUUGUGGAAAAAGUUGUUCAAAAGAAAAGACAAACAUAUAAGAAGCCAUCGUCCAAGGAAAAAUCCAAAGAGGUUGAAGAGAUUGCGGCGCUGCCCAUUAGAUCGGGACACAAGAGAGUGUUAUAA